AUGUGGACUAUUAUUUUGCCAUUCGCUGAGAUUGAAGAACCAUUCGAAGCUUGGUACAACAACUCUGGGCAAGUCAGCCGCAUUGAAUACUAUCAUGGUCAGGUUAUAACCCUACAGCAUGGAUUUGAAAAGCCAGCUGGAAUUAGUUACAAAAUUUCUCCGGCAACUACAGAAACUGAGAUAAAUGUUAUCAAAUGCUUUCAACUAAAUGGGACCAUCCAUAAUCCUGUCACUGCACAGCCUGUUAUUCCAGCUUUGCAAAGUUUUCAGUUCAUAAAGGAAGAGGAUUUCAAAGGAUGUCAUUGCAGUGUAUGGCAAAAUGUCACUUUGGUGGAUAAAAAGAAGAAUACUUACACCAUGUGGCUUUCCAGUUCCAGUCAAGGCCCCAUUCCUGUCCAUUAUGAAAUGAUAGGAUACAAUACCUUGUUUGGCGGACAUUAUGACAAGUAUGAAAUAGAUUACAAUGAAUUGAAGUAUGAUGUGGACCCAAAUGUCUUCAAACUUCCUGAAGGUUUAUCUUGUGAAAGUUUUCCUGGUCCUGCAGCAGAACACAGAAUUGUGGCCAAUCCCAUUCAGGAUUUAAUUGACAGUGACCAAGGUAAUAAGACACAUGACUUGUUCAAGUAUUACAAGAAGAAAUUUAAUAGGGACUACGAGAAAGAUGACCUGGAGCAUGAGAUGAGAAAAACAACAUUUACUCACAACAUGAGGUACAUUCAUUCAAUGAAUCGGAGAAACCUGACCUUCAAAUUGGAAAUUAAUCACUUGGCUGACAGAACAAUAAAUGAAGUAUCUGUACUGAAUGGAAGACUGAAGAGUACCACACUGAACAAUGGGCAGCCCUUUCCCACAGAGCUUUACAAAUCAAUUGUGCCACCUCCCAGUUUAGACUGGAGAUUAUAUGGUGCUGUGACCCCAGUGAAAGAUCAAGCUCUGUGUGGAUCCUGUUGGAGUUUUAGUUCAACUGGGAAUAUAGAAGGAGCACUCUUUCUGAAGACAGGAUCUUUAGUCCUGCUGUCUCAGCAAAUGUUACUUGAUUGUACGUGGGGUUUUGGAAAUGCUGCCUGUGAUGGAGGGGAAGAAUGGCGAGCAUAUGAAUGGAUGAUCAAACAUGGUGGAAUUGCAACUGCAGAAUCGUAUGGUUCUUAUCUGGGACAGAAUGGAUUCUGCCACUAUAACCAAUCUGUCUUCACAGCCAAGAUGAAAAACUAUGUCAAUGUCACAUCAGGAAGAAGAGAAGCAUUAAAAAUGGCCAUCUUUAAACAUGGGCCAGUGGCUGUUGGGAUGGAUGCUUCACAUAAGUCCUUUAGAUUUUAUAGCCAUGGAGUUUAUUAUGAGCCAGAGUGCAAAAGUUCACGGAUCGAGCUGGAUCAUGCUGUGCUUGCAGUUGGUUAUGGAGUACUUGAUGGUGAACCAUAUUGGCUCAUUAAAAACUCUUGGUCAACACUCUGGGGUGAUGAUGGAUAUUUUCUGAUAUCUAUGAGACACAACAACUGUGGAAUUACUACAGAUCCAAUUUAUGCCGUUCUUGAAUGA